GUUACGAGGAGGGCUUUCCUGGAUGGAGUUGGGCGAGGCUGCUGCUAACUAUGGCGAGUGAGUGAGUUGGCGGACUCACCUUAUUUUGUUCCGGUACGGGGGACUGGGUACCUGUUAGUACGCACUCACGCACUGUAUGUAUACCUACAUUGCACUUGCACACUGGAAAGACAGGGAAUAUCUUCCGGCGGCUCGGAAACUGUUCAGUUCUUACCGAAGACCUCACUCCUUGGCAACAAACACCCACCAUCGACCUUCUACGUCUUGGUCUUCGUACUCGUACCUUUCAUAAGUCUCACAUUCGGUCAAAUAGCAACACAUUAUAGUUUGGUGUUAUCUCCUCAGUUUGACAACGCAUCCACCAUUCAACAAUGGCGAUUGCAUCAUCGUCCGACUGGCAUUCGUCGUUGGGUUUCUCUGCCCGACUGACAACAGUUACUAAAAUGCAAGUAUCCCCUGAUAAGCUAGAGAGCCCUCAGCAUGGAAGACCUAGCAAGAACUGUUCCAUCGCUCAACGUGUCCGAGAUUAGUUGUCAUGGCAUAAUGUUGUUGUAAAACAAGCUCGCAAUAAACAUUGUUUUGAACGUCAACAAUAACAAUGCUACUGAGAAGGACGGUUCAUUCGGGUCAAUUCAGUCUAAACCUAACUUCCAGAAUGCCUCAAUUCUGACAAAAUAUUGAACAUUUGUAUCUUGGCAAUGGUAUUGCCAUUGGGAUCCAAUUUCCUGUGUUAUCGCAGUUGGCUUGCACUCGCUUGUUGGACCUCAUACCGAUAUAGAUUCUGACUUGGAUUUAGUUCGCUCGCGCUGCAACGUUGUGACCCAUCAAUAUCCCCUGUAG